AUGCACUGGUGCGAUGCGAAUUUUGCUAGCUGCUCACAAAAACACUCGGCACUUGCUUUGUUGAGGUUCAAGAACACGUACCAGUCUGGUUUCCUGUCCAUCCUCUACUCCAUCGGCAGCAAGCCAUUACAGAUUUGGGACAAGAAGGUCCGCAAUGGCCAUAUCAAGCGCCUCACUGACUCUGACAUCCAGUCAAGCGUGUUGGAGAUCAUGGGCACCAAUGUCAGCACAACCUACAUCACUUGUCCAGCAGAUCCUUCCAAGACUUUGGGCAUCAAGUUGCCUUUCCUGGUCAUGAUCAUCAAGAACCUCAAGAAAUAUUUCACCUUCGAGGUGACGGUGCUGGACGACAAGGAGGUGCGUCGACGAUUCCGUGCCUCCAACUACCAGAGCACCACCAGGAUUCAGUUCAAUCUCUCUGACUUCACGCGCCGUGCCUAUGGUACCAACUACAUCGAGACCCUCCGUGUGCAGCUGCAUGCAAACUGCCGCAUUCGCCGCAUCUACUUCAGCGACCGCCUGUACAGCGAGGAAGAGCUGCGCAUGAUUUGUCUGUGGGCAACUCCUGCAGGUGGCACAGAAGGGGCGAAGGGCCUCGAACUCAAGAGCCAUCCGCAUUUCACUGGAUGUGACGUCAUUUUGGCCACAUCCCAGAAGUUCGUUCUGCAGAAUGCAGAUGAUUUAGGUGGCCUGACUCCUGUGGUGUCGAUGGCUGCAGAGACAGCUGUGCUUCUCCCAGAUGGCACUGCAAGUCUGAAUGUCUCAGGCCGCCAGCUUAACAUCACGCAGCAUGUGCCCCUGAGCCCGCUGCAGCUCCGCGCCAAGACUGCUUGGCAGGUGGCGGGCGCUGCCACAGGAUUCGUUGCUUACAACGGAAGCGGUCUUGGGCAGCUGCAGCUGGAUCAGAUGCAGACGAUGGGCUGUGCUUCGAUUUUCUUGGACCAGCAAGUUGCCUUGCCGGUCCAACUGCUUGAGGUACGGUGUGCCGCGCAACUGCAACAUUUAGCCGUGGAACUUCCUGGGCAUGAUCGAGAAGACUUAGAGAACCACAUCUUGAAGGUGUGCUUGACGGUGCUCCAGCUUUUGGGCACCACGUUUGGCAACACUGCAGUGCAAGCUUUGGACGGCUUCAUUUCGCAGAGAGGCCGCAGCAUUGUGAAUGAAAUCCUGGAGCGGAUGCUGUCCCAGCCGUCUGCAUGUCCUGCUUCAAAUUAUUCAUCUGGAGAGAUAGGUUCUAUCGCCCUGCCGUCUAGCUGGGGAUCUGGGGUUUGUCUUUCAAUCAUGGCGCUGCUUUUCAUCGCCUACCUUUGGCCUGUGCUGUCUCAUUGUGCCAUGCACAAUGUUGGCGACUCUGCCACCAGCAGCUCCAGAAGUCCAGUUCGAUGCUGGUCGACCAGAGGUCAAACAACAUCCCCAAGCAGCGUCCCUGAAACGGAGGAGUCCUCGCAGUCACUUCAGGCAGGGUGCCAUCCAGAUUUGAGUAACGAUAGCUUCAGGCUUGGCAAAGGUUUGGGAUGGCAACCGGGCGUGUCACCGUUUUUGCGGUGGGGCAUCCUCUCAGGUAUCGCUGGCACAACUCUACUGUUUGUCUAUGCUUCUGUGACGCCGGGGAUAUUGUUGUCAGGCAGCUUCAAGGCCUCGAAUGGCUCCUCUGACACGAGGCACAUGGCAUCUCUUUCCAUGGACAACAGCUUGGUCCAGACAUGGAGUGUGGGGUCGUACUUUGUUUUCUGCGCCAUGCUCAUCUUCAGCGUUCUCUGGCCAUACGUCAAGCUUUUGAUGAUGAUGUAUGCCUGGGUAACGCCCAUGGAUCAUGGCAUUCGUGGUCCUAUGCUGAUCUUCCUGGAUCAGAUAGGGAAAUGGUCGCUCAUGGACAAUAUUAUCCUUUUCCUCUUCAUUGUUUUCUUCUGGAUUUCGUGGACGGGUGAGGACACCGUGGAAGGCGGAGAAGCUAGCUUUGGUUUGAAGUGCAGUCCAGAAGACGAGUUGAACACCUUCCUGGCUGCGACCAUCUUGUCACUGCUACUCGGCCAUGCUAUGCUUUGGAUUCAUCGCUGGCAGAAUUCAAAACUAGAUGGAGCGGGAGGAGAAGCUUGUAUCCAAUCUGGCCAUGAUGCUCGCCGCUUGCGAGUCGUAGGCGCGGGCCACAUAACUUGUUUCCUCCUGAUGGUGCUUUCCUGGCAGGUAGAGAUUGUGGAAGUUACUUUCAGCGGUUUGGUCGGCACUUUCCUAGAGGUGACGCACCAGCCCAUGUCCAAAAGAUACAGCAUUCUGGGCAUCUUGUCCUGCUUGGGAAAGCAGGGCUCGAAAUAUUUGCAGGUCACCUUUGCAAUUUUCGUGCUGGCAAUCCCCAUGCUCCAGUUGUUGGCCAUGACAUUCAUAUGCUUGUAUCAACUGCAUCCCAAGCGCCGGCAGCAACUGCUUCGCUUGUGCUACACCUUGCGAGCAUGGGCUGCUUAUGAUGUUUUUCUCCUUGCCUUCCUCGCCGCGGUUCUUGGCGGUGACCGGUACGGCAUUGGCCAGUAUAUCGAGUUGAUUGUUUACAAGCAGAACUUGGCACCCACUUGCCGCAUCUUCCGUGAUAUGGGCAUUGAGUGCCUCCAUAUACGCCUCGGCUUCCUGCCAGGGACUAUAAUAAUUGUUGCUGCCGUUGCACUCUCCUACGUCGUGAGCUUGCUGGUGGCGAGAGAGACACGCCCUGGAUGA